CGUUUAUUGGUUGAAGGUAAUCUCAUGUUUCACUGGAUUGGCUACAGGUGUUUCUCGCUCCGCUACAAUUGUUUUGGAGUAUCAUGCCUACCAGGCAAGCAUCCACGAUGGAUCUGCAGCAGGAUUAUGUGAAAAUUAAAACACAUUACAGAGGGGACAUGCUGAUCACAGAUCUGGAUUCCUCCUUGACGUACAGUGCGCUGUGUGAUGAGGUUCGGGACAUGUGCAGUCUACUACAGAGCCAGCCCAUCACACUCAAAUGGAUUGACAAUGAAGGAGAUCCUUGCACCAUCUCCUCCCAGAUCGAGCUGGAAGAAGCCUUCCGUCUGUACAGCAGGAACAGAAACGAGGGCCUCCACAUGCACGUGUUCCCCAGCAUUCCAGAGAAACCAGGCAUGCCGUGUCCCGGGGAAGACAAAUCAAUCUACCGUCGUGGAGCCAGAAGAUGGAGGAAGCUCUACCGCGUGAACGGGCAUCUCUUUCAGGCCAAGCGCUUUAACAGGAAAGCUUACUGUGGCCACUGCAGUGAAAGGAUAUGGGGUCUCGGAAGGCAGGGCUACAAGUGUAUCAACUGCAAACUGCUGGUCCAUAAGCGCUGUCACAAACUAGUUCCUCUGACCUGCCAAAGGCAUAUGGAUCCGGUCAUGCCAUCCCAAGAGCCGCCACUGAAUGAGAAAAACGAUGAAGUCGACCUCCCUUCAGAAGAAACAGACGGAAUUCCAUUUAUACCACACAAUCGGACGUUGGACAAAGGGGAGGAUGAUUCAGAGGAUCUCAAGCCGGUGUUGGACGGGAUCGAUGGGAUUCAGAUCUCCCAGGGGCUGGGGCUGUCGGACUUCGACCUGAUCAGAGUGAUUGGCCGCGGCAGCUACGCCAAGGUCCUCCUGGUGCGGUUAAAGAAGAACGAGCAGAUCUACGCCAUGAAGGUGGUGAAGAAGGAACUGGUGCACGAUGAUGAGGACAUCGACUGGGUCCAGACAGAGAAGCACGUGUUUGAGCAGGCCUCCAAUAACCCCUUCCUCGUCGGCCUUCAUUCCUGUUUUCAGACAGAGAGCCGAUUGUUCCUGGUUAUUGAGUAUGUUAAUGGCGGUGAUCUCAUGUUCCAUAUGCAACGGCAGAGAAAGCUUCCGGAGGAGCAUGCACGGUUUUAUGCAGCUGAAAUUUGCAUUGCUCUAAACUUCCUCCAUGAGAAAGGGAUCAUCUACAGAGACUUGAAACUGGACAACGUUCUCUUGGACUACGAGGGACACAUCAAAUUAACAGACUACGGGAUGUGCAAGGAGGGUAUAAGACCUGGUGACACUACAAGUACGUUCUGUGGGACGCCAAACUACAUAGCACCUGAAAUACUCCGGGGAGAGGAUUAUGGUUUCAGUGUGGACUGGUGGGCUCUGGGGGUCCUGAUGUUUGAGAUGACGGCUGGAAGAUCCCCGUUUGAUAUCAUCACGGACAAUCCUGACAUGAACACAGAGGAGUACCUGUUCCAAGUUAUUCUUGAAAAGCCCAUUCGCAUUCCAAGGUCUCUUUCUGUCAAGGCUGCCAGCGUUUUAAAGGGCUUUUUAAAUAAGGACCCUAAAGAAAGACUUGGGUGCCAACUGCAAACAGGAUUUUCAGAUAUCAAGUCGCACACCUUCUUCCGCAACAUAGACUGGGACCAGUUGGAGAAGAAGCAGGUGACUCCCCCAUUCAAACCGCAGAGUACAGAUGACUAUGGUUUAGAUAAUUUCGAUACUCAGUUUACCAACGAACCGGUGCAGCUAACCCCAGAUGAUGACGAUGUUAUUAAAAGAAUAGACCAGUCUGAGUUUGAAGGAUUCGAAUACAUUAAUCCCAUGCUGCUGUCGUCCGAGGAAACGACAUGAAACAGGAGCCACUUUGUUUAACCUGCAGAUCGCAAACCUGAAUGACCUCCGUGACCAGAAUCAUUAAAAAACUUUAUGGAGGUGGAUCAUUCUCUGGAACUACUUGCAUGCAAGGAUGAGGAACUGGUGCAAGACUUUCAAGAAGAACACUAGAACUGCUGCAGAAAUAAAUAAAUACAUUUAUAAAAAAAAAUAUAUAUAUAUAUAUAUAUAUAUAUAUAUAUAUAUAUAUAUAUAUAUAAAGCAAGGUCAGUCAGUGGUAGUCUUCCUCUAACCACUAUGUUUCCGUUUUAACUGUUUUUGGGUGUCGACGCUACCUGGCUUUAACUGAUGAAGAAAGCCUGCUCAUUUCGUGCCUGCUUCCAUGAAGGAUCCUAGAAUACUAAUUUCAUCCCUGGGAGAAUAUGACAGUUCUGCGCAACGGAACUUGAAUUUAUGUGCGUUUUUUUUUUUUUUUUUUAAAUGACAUUGGAUGAUCUCGUCGAGGAUGACUGACCUUCGAACUAUACAAGAAUGUACUAUAAAUGAAGGAAAAACAAUAUACUGUAUUAAAAGUGUAAGUAGCGACUCCCGAAAUUCUAUAAUGCCUUUUGUUGACGCAAGUUGGCAUGUUAUUUAUAACCACUUUGCUGGCAAUUCCUGUACUUCAGCAACAAACAAAGGAGUUGCAUUUAACUACCAAUCUGUGUUUUAGGAUAAAGUUUAAGAAGUGCCUAACAUGACUCAAUGUCUCACAAUAUUCUUGACUGCACUUAAAUUAGUUUGAAUUAGUUAAGGUUUGACUUGUGUGGUACAGCUGAAUAGGGCUGGCUUACAAAUUUGAAGGGCCACAUUCAUACCUGCAACCCUCCCAAUUCUCUUCCAUUUACACUCCACUGUCUCUAGUCCUUCCAAAAACCCUGAAUGGAAACAUGACACGGCUUCUUAAAGAAAGAUUGCAAUGAAAACUGGAUACUGACACUCUUUAGUCAUAUGAGCUAAAGAUUUUAUUUUUCAAAUACCUGUUUUCAAACAGAAACCUAAGGUACUAAAAAAAAAAAGAAAACAAACUUGUAAUUAUAUUGCAAAAAAAGAACAAAUCUAAUGAUAUACGGCUGUUUAAAUUGUACAUACUUCAAUAUACUAUUAUUAUUAUUAUUAUUAUUAUUAUUAUUAUUAUUAUUAUUAUUAUUAAUCCUGAAAUGCAUUAUGUUUGAUUAAAUGCACAACUCCUUUGUUUAAAUGAUGUAUCGUCAGACUGAAGCACUUCUUUGUUUUUAUUUUUUUAUGUAAUGCUCAGUACAGAAAUCUCAGGCACUUUGUCUAAAUUAGUGAUAUGGCAGUGAAUCAUUAUUGAUUAAUAAAAAGGGGGAAAUCAAUUUGGACUAUAAUGAAUGGGGGAAAAACACUGCUAUUUUUGCUGAUGUUGAUGAUCAACCCAAGUCUAUUACAACUGAUUACUGAACUCUUCAUUAAAGCGUAGCUGGGGUUUUAGUUUUUUUGUUUAACAAUACACACACACAUUAUAUAUAUAUAUAUAUAUAUAUAUAUAUAUAUAUAUAUAUAAUUAUACUCUUCUGUAAAAAUCCUGGCAGUGAACUUUAACCCACUUUGAUCUCUCGGAUUGGAGCGACAGUAUCUCUUCUGUGUUUUUCUUCAAGGUUUUACAUUUUUACCCAGAAUAAAAUUCUGUAUGUUUAAGUAACACAUUCACUAAAAGGACAAGGGUCUGGAAGAUGGGGAUUCUUCGGUCACAAAUUUCUCAUUUCAUUUUUUAGAAAUUUGAAAACUGUUUGUGUUACCCUGUACCCUAAGAAGUUACCCUGCCGUAACUUUGAAAACAAAAACAUAUAUGCGUUAUAAAAUAGAUACACGGACAGAAAACAUGGUACAAUUGUGCACACAGUGACUGAAGGGGAUAUUUGCAGAAAUGAACUUGCCACGUGUUUUCCCUUUUAGCCAAUUCUAAUUUUUUUUUUUUUGUAGCAAGUUUUAAUGUGGGUGUCAUUGUUAAACAACUUCUGUCUUUUAAUAUGUUGUUAAGCAUUAUGAAUUAUAAGAUGUGAUCAAUAUUAAAAGAUGCUGUCAAUACACAUGGGGGGGGAAAUGGGACACAGGCAAAAAUUCCCAUUUUAAAGACCCUUGUCCUUUACCCCUGCACAACACGAAACAAGCCAAGACUUCUUUUCUUAUUUCCGCCCCUUCCUCCCCUCUCCGGGAAUAGGCUUCAGUUAUUAGGAGCAGUUUAGUGCCCUUGAUAUCUGUGUAUGCAGGUUCUUGUGUUCCACUGGCCAGGAUUCCCAAACUUUUUAUUUGAGGCUUCCUGUUGCUCUUGACAGUGCAGAGACCAGCAGACAAAGAAAUUAAGGCAGUUUCCAAAAAAUGAAAACACGUGUUUGUGAUGCUGCAGUAUGAAAGCUCAAUCACAUGGCAGCGUUUUGAAGUGUAGGAUUCUAACUGGGAUUCAAAACCAAAUAAUCAAAAUCAACCACACCUAUUAAGAGGUCGUUUUCAAAAUAAUUGGUUUAAUUGAACAUUGUUGGAUUGUGCUUUGGUACAAACUGAAUGCCCUUCCUUCUUUUAUUCCAGAAUAAAUUAGAGACAGUGGCUCCUUGGAUGAGA